AUGACUGAAGCUCUAAAAGUCCUCGACGUGAUAGAAGCCAGUCGACCUGACAUCCACUUCGAAAGAGAUGUGGACAUCUGCGGCGGCUGCAGUAUCGACAAGUACGGAACCCCAAUCACAGAAUCUGUUCUUGAAAAAGCUGUGGCUAGUGACGCCGUACUCUUCGGCAGUAUCGGUGGUCCAGAGUGGGCAGGAGCCGAGCCAACACCAGAGUCUGGCCUGUUGCGGCUCCGUCAGCGCCUCGAUGCUUUUGCCAACCUGCGUCCAUGCGAGAUUCUAGUACCAUCUCUUGUCAGUGCAUCACCAAUAAAGCCUGAGCUCGUGGCAGGGACCAAGUUCAUCGUUGUAAGGGAAAACUGCGGCGGUGCGUAUUUUGGAAAGAAAGAAGAGAGUGAGGAUGAAGCUUCCGAUCUUUGGAUUUAUUCGAGAUCGGAGGUUGAGAGGUUGGCCCGUGUGAGUGCUGCUGUUGCGAGGAUCUUGCAUGCGGGCAGCGAAAAGGCGAACAACGGAAGCAAACCGGUUGUCUGGAGCGCCGAUAAAGCAAAUGUCCUCGCGAGUGGGAGACUUUGGAGACGCGCGACAACGAACAUCUUCAAUCGAGAGCUCACAGACAUUGACCUGAAGCAUCAACUCGCCGACAGUCUGGCGAUGCUGAUGGUGCUUGACCCUAAACGGUUUAACAACAGUGUCAUCCAUACCGAUAAUACCUUUGGAGAUGUCCUUUCUGAUAUCUCCGGCGGUAUAACAGGUACACUUGGCGUUCUUCCUAGCGCGAGUCUUGCUGGCGUCCCUGGAGAAGGAUCUUGCAAAGGGAUAUACGAGCCCGUUCAUGGGAGUGCCCCCGACAUAUCAGGCAAGAACCUUGCAAAUCCCGUGGCGCAGAUCUUGAGUCUGGCUAUGAUGCUUCGCUAUUCAUUUCUGUUGGAGAAGGAAGCGGAUGCCAUUGAACAGGCUGUUGCAAAGGUUCUCGAUACCAAGGAUGGUGGUGGCUUGGAGAUCAGGACAAAGGACCUUGGAGGAAGUGCGAUGUGCAGUGAAGUUGGGGAUGCGGUUUGUAAGGUUCUGGGCGAUAUGUUGGAAACUUAA